AUGGAUUGCAACGAUAUUACAGACACUAAAUUAAGUGAUGCAAACGAAAUGAAGGCUUCAUCCCUGUCACUUAAUGCAAUAGUUGAUAAUUUGAAAUUUAAUAAAGGAGACGAUGAAGGUGCUGAUACAAAUAAUAAGGUUGUUCUUAUUUCUGAUGUUAGAAAAGAUGUUACUCCAGAGAUGACUGCUUUUAGUGUCGGUGAGGAUUCAAAGGUUAAGUGUCCAGAAGAGGAAACAUUAGAAAGCAUCAAAAAAAAGCAAAAUGAAUUAUUGGAUGAGAUCAUGAAAUUUAGAGACAGUGUAAAACCAAUUGAGUUCGAAUCAUACUAUGAUUACUUUACGCUGAAAAAUUUUAAAAGGGGAAUAUCUGCAAGUGGACAAGUUGAUUUUAAUAUGUUACGAAGACGAGAACAUGGAAUUUAUUAUAAAAAAAUAAAGUUGGACAAAACAUCACAAGGUAAUGCCAAUGAUACUAAUUCUACAGCUGCACUGCCAAUAACUACCACUACCACCAGUACUGGCAACAUGUCAGACAAUGAAACUAAUCCGAGCGUUAUUAAGGCCCAAGACGAUGAUGACAAAAUUACAAAAGAAGAGGACUUUAACGAGUCUAAAAGCACGACACCAGAAGAUAUUGUGAGUUUACCUCCUAGAAUCACUAGGUCGCAAAAUUCCCAAACUUCCAUUAAUAACUCAGUCACCUCGAAAGAAAGGAGACCAGUCAGUUCUCAAUUCUUGGAUGAUUCAAAAAAACUAAUAAAUGGCGAUAUUUCAGUACAAUCUAUAAUUCCUAAUAAAUUUCUAGGAAACAACAGAAGGCGGUCUUCUAGAAUUUCAAAAAGGAUUACAGAUAAGUGUUCCUAUAAUAACUCGAGCAACGAAAAUUCUGAUAAUGAAGAAAGUGGUACAUCUCAUAUCCAAACUCUAUUUGAAAGAAUUAUUCCUAAAACACUUGAUCCAAUACGAAGGUCAGAUUGGAUAUUACAGACUAAGGAUAGAUUCUCUUCUGAGAAGCAUUUACAAACUCAUCCUCAAUAUACUGUUAUUAAAAUGAAUGAGUUAGUGUCAGAAAGAAAAAUACAAUUCUUAUUAUCGAAAUUUGAAGGUGGAUUAGCUGGGGUUCGUAAAAAAUAA